AUGGCCCAGAUCUCUUUCUUCAAGCCACAGGCCCUUGUAUAUCCUCUCCAGGGCCCUCUCAGGGGCCAUGGUACUGGGGAGGGUUCAGGCAGUCCUGGGACUCCAUACAUGUUCUCCCGGGGCCCCAGCCCAGGUCAGCUUCUGGACAGUGUCCUUGGGCUGGGAGCACUGGGCCUGACCACUUGGGUCAUCCUCUCCACGGCCUGCCCGGCUUUGCUGUUGCUGCUGCUUCUAGUCAGCUUCCUGGCCUUUGACCUACUCCACAGGCCUGCAGGUCCCACAGAGCCUCUGCACCUACUUGCCACAGGCCAAAGUCAGGGGGCCGGUGAAGGCCCGAGGGAACGGGAGGCGCUCCUCCUGCCCACGGGAGCCAUCCCAAGGCAGAUCCGCUUACAGGAUGCGCUGCUCAUGCUGCUCUUGGGCCUUGGGCUGCUCCUGGGAGCCCACGGGAUGCCCUUGGCCCUGCUCGGCCUAGCCUUCUGUCUUCACCCUUGGGCAUGA